AUGUCUUCAAGAGCGGGAUCCACGGCUGGCUCUUCAAAACCAGGUACUUCAAGUAGUAAUCGAAGAGGAGGAGGAACAACGAGUGAAUUGACUUCUCCGAAAGGAACUAGUAAUAAUAACAAUGUGGGAUCUGAUUCGGGACCUAUCGGUGGGUUUGCUAAUCGAGAGGAAAUGAUUGCCUAUUUCUCAAAGGAAAAAAUCACUCCAAAUUUAUCUCCUCUCUCCGAUUAUACUUUCAUUCAUGGCUGCAUGAAUAAAAAGGAGAAUGAAUUAUUGGAAUAUUUGAGCAAACAGUUGGGAGUUGCGGAUUAUUUGGUCGAUUUGAGAUCAUCAAUCUAUUUGGAUUCGCUAUGUCACUACGUUGCAUUUUGUAAGGAGCAUUCAUUUUCGACAAGGCAAACCAUGGAAUUUAUCAAUUUAAUGGAAACGUUAAGGAAAGGAUGUCUCUCUUCUGAAAGUUCAAAUAUUCCAAUCAAUACCGUUAUUACUAACAAUCAGAUGCCAACCGUUGCUGGUGCACCCAAAUUUUCUUCAGAGCUUGAAUUACAAGAGUUUGUCAAGACACAACUCUUUGAAAUGAGCAAGCCAUUGUCACAAGAGCAAGUCUCUGAUCUUGAAAAACAAAUCCAAGACGAAGAACGAAAGUUAGAGGAAGAGCGUCUCAAACAAGAAAAGGAAAAAAAGAAAAAGCCACCUAGUUCAUCUAGCUCUUCCAAGAAAAUGACCAAAGAUGAAGAGGAAGAACUUCUCAGAAAGCAAGAGGAAGAGCAGCGUCUAGCCGAGGAGAAAGCCAUGAUUGAAAAGAAGAGAAAGGAAGAAUACAGAAGCAAGCUUCCACUAUUCAAUAUUGAUGACGUUGCCAUUGUUUCUGAUUUCAUUCUGAAAACGGUGGUACAACAUUAUCACCUGUACAAGUAUGUCUAUGAAGAAAAUCAACCCGUACAAGCAUGUGACUACCAAGUCAGUGUAAAUUCCAUCAUGUUGGAUUGUGUGUAUCCUCUCUCUGCCAUGUUGCAAGAUGUUGCCUAUAUGCAAAAGAAAGAGGACGAACGACGAGCUCUUGAGGAAGCAGAAACUCGUAGACGUCAAGCAGAAGAAGAGGAACGUCUACGACUUGAGAAUGAAGCUAGGGAACGUUAUGAAAAGGAAAAGGCAGAGAGAAAUGCUCCCAAAUUGACGGAUGAAAACUUGAAGGAAAUUGCUGAAUAUCUCAAACAUGAAGUCAUGACUGGAUUGGAAGAUAAAGUCUCAGUGGUUGAAACGAGAGUGAAAGCAACGGAAGAAACAGCCAUGUCACUUCCCACACCUCAAAAGAGCAAUAGUAGACCUCAAUCUUCAGCAAAAACGAAAUAG